UUCCGUUUACCUGAAUUUUGGAUAGCAUAUGUUAGUGAGUGUCUGGAUAUAUUUUGUAUUAUUUUCUGUGAAUUUUAUACCCCGAAAAUGCAAAGAAGAGGGAGAUCAAAUAAUACAAAGAAAGUGUCUGAUAAGAGUUCACUUAAGGGGACAGACAACGCAGUCAAUACGAGCUCACAACAAAGCGAAGGCCUUCCCGAGUCGGUCCCGUUAGAUAGUGAAAAGGGCAGUGUAGAUAGAUCACGGUCUGUGAAUAAGAACAAAACUGACGAUCUAGACACUGAAGAACACAGCCUAAAUGCUCAACUUAAGUAUGUCUGCGAACAAGCAGAAUGUAAUUAUGAUGAAAUUUCUACACUGAGGUCGGAAAACGCCUACUUGCGUAGGGAGGUAGAGCUGCUGCGAUCAGUGGUUAUUAGGAUUGACAGAAAAAUGUCUGUGAUGGACAAUGAAAUCACUGAUUUGCGAGCUAGGUCUAUGCGUGACAAUAUUUUAAUACAUAACUAUCCAUAUUCCCAUAAUGAAGACCUUGCUUCUACUAUGCCAGAAAUUAUUAAGCAAACACUAGGGGUAGACGUUAAAUUCGUUAGAAUUCACAGAAAUGGAGUUCGUCCCCAGCACUCUGAUCGGCCAGUGUCUAUUACGGCCAAGCUGGUUGACGGUAAGAAAAAAGAUGAAAUUCUCAGCGCCCAGAAAAUAAAAAAAAUAGCGAGGGUUAAGUUGCCGUUUUACAUCACCCCUCAACAACCUCUGUCCAUCGUUUCUGCCAGGAAUAAACUUUUUGACAAAUCAGAUUCUUUCAAAAAACAGAACAUUACUGUUAAAAUGUCAAAAAACAGCCUCACUUUACCAAAUGGCGAUAAAUAUAGCGAGGAAGUUCCGCUGCUCACCAAUGCAGACGUUUUACAAAUUGAAACGUCUGAAACACAGAAAUUGGAUGACAUUGCUACAAAAAGCGUAGAUCCUGUACAAAAAAAUGGAUCCGAAUUUUUUGCCAUUGGAUCUGAGGUAGACUCGGCGGAAAGUGUCCAAAACUUCUACAAGAAGGCCUGCAUUGACCCCUAUGUCGCCAGUGUUGACAGCAGAAUCUUAGUUUACAGAUUCCGUGAAAACGAAAAAGUGACUGAAAACUAUCAUGAUGAUGGUGAACAUGGAGCGGGGCGACGCCUCCUUAAAUUUAUGCAAGACAAUCAAAUUAUCAAUGCGGCUUUCGUAGUGACGAGAUGGAUGGGAGAGCAUAUUGGACCCGAGCGCUUUACCAUCAUGGAGAACCUCCUGAAUGAUGUUGCAAAUCUACUGUAGGAAUGAGAUAAAAAAUGUGAGACUGAAUUAAAGUGUGACUUGGGACUUUCUCUGAUUCGUAACAUGGACUAUUCUGUUUUCUUUGGCUCAUUUUUUUUUAUUGACUAUUGCGGAAAUAAGAAUGCCACUGUACGGUUCUGAAUUUCAUUUCUGUACAUUGCCGGAAUUCGAAAUUUUAUUCCGAUAAAUUUAAACUUUAGCUUUAGGGUGGCAUUUCCGAUGUAGAUAAUUUUGUUUGUUGAGGUCACCAUUACAUUGACCAUGCACCUUUAGAUCUCUAUAAUUCAACCCAAUGCACUUCUGUCAUUUCUCUUUUCUUUCUCUCUUUUCUUUACUUUCCUCUUUCCUCAUUGCAUUUAAGCACGAUAUGAGAGCUGCGUCUUACAGAAAAGGAAAAACCAAGGUAACAUUUUUGCAGUUUUUCUCGCCUGUUAAAUUUAAAAUCUUAUGUCAGAGUUAAAGAUAAUAUCCGCAAAUUGUCAGGGCCUUCAUGAUUUUAAAAAAAGAAAAGAUGUUUUACAAUACUACAGACAAUUGAAGUGUAAUGUACUAUGUUUACAAGAUACUCAUUUUACUACAGAUAUGGAGGAAGAAAUAAGAAAUGAAUGGGGAUAUGAUGUAUAUUUUAAUUCCUUUUCGUCUAAGUCCAGAGGUGUAGCAAUAUUUUUAAAUAAUAAUUUUGAAUAUAAAGUUCACAACAAUGUGAAUGAUAACUCUGGUAAUUUUUUAGCACUUGAUAUUAGCCUUGGGGAUGUACGUACAAGUCUUAUUGCAAUUUAUGGUCCAAAUGACGAUGAUCCUGGGUUUUAUAAUAUGGUUUCAGAAUCAAUAGAUAAUUUGAACAAUGACCAUGUUAUUCUCGUAGGGGACUUUAAUUUAGUUAUAAACCCAGAUAAGGACUAUCAUAACUAUCUUCAUACUAAUAAUCCGAAAGCAAGAGAAAGACUAUUAGAAGUUAUUUCUGUCCAAAAUUUGUCAGAUGUAUUCAGAGAAAUUCACCCAGAAAAACAAAGAUAUACAUGGCGCAAGCCUCAUCCAUUUAAACAAGCAAGGUUAGAUUUUUUUCUGAUAUCAAACUCAUUGUUGAGUAUGAUAAAAGAGACUGAUACUUUAUCAAGUUACAAAUCUGAUCAUUCUCCUAUAUACCUCAAUCUAAAACUGAGUAAUUUUACUCAUGGAAAGGGAUUAUGGAAAUUUAAUAACUCAUUGUUGCAUGAUUCUGAAUUUAUUAAAACCAUUAACAAGACUAUAAUGCAGAUAAAAGAAAUUUAUGCUUUACCGGUGUACAGUAAAGAAUAUAUAUUGUCUAAUGCUGAAAUACAAUUUACAAUUAAUGAUCAACUUUUCCUUGAAACUCUUCUAAUGGAAAUAAGAGGGAAAACAAUAUCUUAUUCUAGUUUUAUUAAAAAAAGGAAUAAUGAAAAAGAAAAAGAAAUUAUAUCUGAUAUUGAUAAAUUAGAAGAAAACUAUGAGCAAAACAUAAUGUUUAUUAAUGAUAAAAAGAAAGAGCUGGAGAAUAUAAGAAAUCAUAGAUUAAUGGGAAACCUAGUGAGAUCAAGAGCUAAAUGGACAGAUGAAGGAGAGAAACCUACAAACUACUUUUUGAAUUUAGAAAACAGACAUUAUACAAAUAAAAUAAUUCCUAAAUUAAUUAAAGAUGAAGAGACUCAGGAAGAAAUAACAAAUCAAAGUGAAAUUUUAAAAGAAAUAGAAAGUUUCUAUAAGAAUCUUUACAAAGCUAAUGAUGAAAGUGGGGACUAUGAUUUAAAUGAAAUUUUAUCAGACACAGACAUUAAAAAGUUGAAUGAUAUUCAAAGAGUUUCAUUAGAAGGGGAACUCUC